AGUGGAGCAGCGCGAUAGAGCCGUCACAGCUUCAGAUACGAAUACUCCGGCUCGGUAUCGCUUGAUCGAGUGAGCCGCACUCAGUUGAUCACAAACGCUCCAGCGCACCGCUAAUACACACUUGUACGGAGAAACGCAAGCCCGUGCCGACUUGCCUGCCAAGUACGUAGAGUUUCUGUGUAGAGAUUUUGAGAAAAUACCGAAUUAAAAACAAAAAAAAACACAAAAAAACAAAAAACAAUAACAAAAGCAAACGUCGUUCUCGCUUCUGAUUGCGAUCGGCCCAUAAUUUGUUGUUGUAGUUGUUCCAAGUGGUAACCAGUUGUGCGUGCUCCAUCGUUAAAUAUACAAGUGAAUUAAGAAAAAAGCAUUUAAUUGCCAUGCAAAUGAAUGUGUAAUUAAGUAUGUAAAUACAUACAUACAUACAUGUUUAUGAGUGAAACGAAAAAUGGAAAUUUUACAACAAGCUUUCGUCGAUAUUUCAUGAGUUCGAAACAGAGCUUUAGCUGAGCAACGGAGGAGUUCGAUGUGAUCGCGAGAAGAGGGUGGGAAGGCGGUGCUGUAACACACACCCACACACGUAAAUCGUUGUGAGCAUACAAGAUAAUAGUGAAAAAUAUCAAAAAACCCAAGCAAAAAAAAAAAAUUAAAAAUUGUUUUGUACGCGCUUUUAAGAAUAGAAAAGUAAAUAAAAAGUAAAGUAAGUGAAAUGCCGUAGAGAAUGUGCCACUUAGUGUAAAACCAGUUACUUUAGUUAAGAGGAUAAAUACAUACAUACAUUCAAAUUCAGCUGCAGCUGCAAAGGAAUCUUUUGCAACUCGUAAACCUCAAUUCUAUAGCUCAUAAGCGAAGAAAUAGUUGUGAAAUGUCGCCGUAUAUACAAAUAAUGUGAUAAUACGUGCGAAAAGCAUAUCGACCAAGAUAACUCAGCGCUGUUGAAAAUAUGUAAUGCAAUAAAAAACGAGAGUGCAUGUCUCAGUAAAAACAGUAUUCGUAAUUCAAGUAUUGAAUACGACGUUUAUCAACGUGAAAAAUGCAUUUAAAGAAUGAUAAUGAAAUGAACUCAAAUGCGAACAUUGGCACUCGUCUGGAUGUGAAACCGAUUGCAGUGAAACCUUUGCCAAGUGCCUUUAGUGCCACAUCAGCAAUAGACGAGGCAACAAUAAUACCGUCAACAUCGUCAGCUGGCAGUUGCGCCUCAUCGACAGACUCUGGCGUUAUCAUCACCGACAACAACCGAAGAAUAUGCGACAACAACCACAACAAAAGUCCACAUGCCAACAAUGUAGAUAUCGAUCGCGACAACCUCAAUUGCAAUGCUACAAGUGGCAAUAUCACAAUAGAUAACAGCAACAACAAUAUUGCCAACAUCUAUGGCGACGAACGACGGCGCAGCGUGGAAAGUUUGAAAGCAAACAAGAAUAUUACAAUAAAUACACAAAUUGAUAAGAAUAGCAUAAAUAUUGAAAAUGUAAUCAAUGUGCGACGGCACCGUAGCUCAUCCGGCAGCAAAGCGUCUUCAAAGAACGGCUCGCCGGCAGUGUCGAUACGCAGUAAUACCAUAUCCAUCAUAUCGAUUGAUGAGAAUGCCAUCGACUCCAGUGUCGUCGAUUCGGACUCGGACUCUGAGGGUCAACACAGCGGGUAUGUCGUGAAAAAGCUCGGCCAACAAACAACCUACGAGCCAAACCACCCCAAUCUGCCGAACAUCAAUAAGGGCAUGCAAGUGCUGAGCCAGACUAUAAGUCCAGGUGCAAUACCGCCCACGGCCGGCACGCUCUCCGAGACGAUACUCAAUGGUGGAGUGCUUGCGACUCCCGUACUCGGCCCUCCUAUGCCGCCAAAUUCCGCACAAAUCGGUAGCAUCGCGCUCUCGAAUUCCACAGAUGUUACCUUCGGCGACAAGCAUUUCUACGAGGGACCCGUCACGAUACAACAGUUUCUCAUCGAUAGUCGUGAUAAAUGGAAGAACGGUGAAGGUGGAAAUGAUAAUCCUGCGUUCACUGGCGAUCCAGAAAACGCCGAGAAAUCUAAUGAUUCGUCCACACCGCCCGAAACGUCAUAUAUAUUCAACUUUCGUCGACGAGCUGUCAUCAUUACCGGCACUGUGAUACUUCUAACGUUAUUAGUUGGCAUAGCUAUAGUCACUGCGAAUGCUUUCACAAAACAGACGAAUCGAAAAAGUAAGCUUGUAGGCGAUGGCGACGAUUCCAGAAAGCAUAUUCCAAUCAAUUCAACAAUAGGGGAUGAUAACGUGGGAGGAGGCAAGAUAUUGAGAAUAGUUCCGCGUGAUGCUUGGUUGGCUCAGCCACCAUCGGGUGAUCCGUUACCUUUGACCACCCCCAUUAAAAAGGUCAUUGUCCUGCCCACACGUACGGAUGACUGCGAAACACAGGCCAUGUGCGUGUACCGAGUGCGCAUGACACAAACUCUGAACAUCGAAUCUCAAAAUCACGAUGAUAUUAUCUACAAUUUCCUAAUUGGCGGCGAUGGCAAUGUGUAUGAAGGUCGUGGUUGGGAUGUGAUCGGCGCUCAUUUGCGCGGCUUCAAUUCGGACAGUAUUAGUUUCGCCUAUAUUGGUACUUUUAAAAAGCAAAAACCAUCUGAAAAGCAAAUGGACGCCACCAAAUUGCUGCUAGCCGAGGGUGUACGACUGGGUAAACUCUCGCAGGACUACAAGAUAUACGGAGCAUUUAUGUUGGAUCCGACUUCGACGGAUGUUAAGUCAGAUGAGUUGUACAACAGCUUCAAGGAUUGGCCACAUUGGUCUGAAUACAAAUCUAACUGAGGCACAAUGUAUACAUAUAUACAUACAUCGCUAUAUGUGCAUAUAUUAUAUAAUGAGUUGUUUUCUAAAUUACUUAGUCACGAUAGUUUUACGUCAUAUAUAAAUAUUCUAUAGAUAAUGCUAGCAUUUAAGUCAGACUUAACGAUUUAAAGAAAAGCUCUACAGAAAUCACAAUUGCGCUGGUCUAAUUAAUAGACGUAUGUGUACAAAAAAGUCCUGAUAAUUAUAUCCUAAUGUUACAAAAAGAGAUGUAGCGAUGAUUUUAUCGAAACUUCACAAGAUAGGAUUUAUAGUUGAUAGUUUCGCACCGUGAAAGCGAAUUCCCGGUGGUGGGAAUUAUAAAUACCAGUUUUAAUAGAUAUUUCUUUUCACAUAUUUUUUGCACUGAAACAGGCAAGAUUGUACACAUGAAAAUUGUUGUUGCUUAGAAAGCGCUUUUAUUAUUUUUUGGAGAGUAUAUGUACUGUAAUCGCUCAUUUUCGAAUCUAUAUAGACUGCGGGUCUAUAGUAUUUUUAUACAUUUUUUUUGAAUCUUCACAAAUUCUUAUAGCCUUUUUAUCUAGUCAAAAGUUAUAACUUGUCAACAAACGUUUUUUUUUACCAAAUUAAUAAAUAUGUUUUGUAGAGUGUAGAGUAUAUGUAAAAAUUAAGCUUAUUAUAUAAAACCAAAACACCUGGCACGUUGAUUUCGAAAUUUCAUAAAGAAAAUAAUCGCGACAAAUAAUCGCUAUAAAACGCAGACUGGAGAAAUAACUCAUCGAUGUUGUCAAAUCACAUUAUACACAUGUAUAUAUGCUAUAGAUAUACUAUAUAAUACAAGUAAGAUUACAGCUGGAAAGCUGGAAAUAUCGUAUGAAAUUCUCGUUAAAUUAGAUAUAAAUUGUGAUAUUUGAAAUAACUUUUAAAGGCACAUUUUGUAAAUUUUUUAAUUAUAAUUAUUAAUGUUUGUAUUAAAGAACAAUAAAAAUCAAAUUAAGCAAUCUAUUCAAAUUUUACUAAUGUGACUCAUCGAGUGUAAUAUUGAACAUCUGAUAUUAAUAAAUAAAUAAUAGAUCUACAGAAAUUCAACUAUUGCAAUUAUACCUCAGCUGGGGUUGACACAAAGAUGUUCAAAUAGUUUCCAAUAGAAUUAGUAGAUUAGUUCUAACGAGAAAAAUUAAGUCGAACUUAUCAAUUAUUCGAAAAAUUUUUUAGUUUUAGUUUAGGAGUUCAACCAAUAGUUCUUCAAAAUGAGUACAGUUCCAAUUGGCCACUUGUCUGUGCUUAUUUAUUUCAUCUAAAUUAAGUAAUUUCAAAUUUAAUAUUGAAUGCAAUUCCCAUAAGUUAAAUUUACUAUGAGGAAAUAAAUGUGAAUUCUGUCCGUAAACUUGUAUAUACAUACAUUUUAUAUGUAUAAUAUGAGCAUCUGAAUAAAUGUCUCAGAAAGUUAAAUGAAAGCACCGCAGCAAUACUCAAACAUAUACAUGUGUAUGUGAUUGGCGUUGCAACCGUUUCAUUAUAUAUCUAUUUUAUCACACAAGUUACAUAUGGUCCAUAUGUAACUGUUCAUACUCAGUGCAUUCAAGUCAUUAUAAUCAGAAGUAAAAUGCGUUCCAAUGUACAGUCCGGAAUAAAAUAAUACACUCGAUAGUUUGAUUUUAGCAUUAAUGAUAGAUCAGGUCUUCCAAACCAUCUCAUGUAAAUAGAUUUUAAGAUCAGAAGUGUCAGAAGUAUCUCAAUAGCAAUAACUUCGUUCGAUAUGAUGGUGUUUAAUGCAACUAACAGUACAAGCAGAGUGCGGUCGAUGAAAUCACAAUGUGAAAUCUUCGACUAUAAGUAUUUGGAAAAGGUAAUGCCAUUAUAAAGCACACAACUGUAGCAGUAAGAUGAUAUGCAUUCAAUGCUUUUUUAUUUGCCAAUCAUCAGAUUGCACCUAUGAUUUUUAUUAAUUAUUCAAUCUGCUCCAUUACAGAAUAUGUGCAUAUCAAAGCAGUAUUUGACUGUUCUCCAGACGUUACACAUCACCCAAGUCAGCAUCGUUUUGCUCAACUGUGCCCACCAUGAAUUUCAAGGAUCACAAGUUUCUUGUGAUUACCGUCAAUCUCUUGGUGAUCGCAUUCAUAAUUUAUACAAUGAUCGCUUUAAGUUAAAUGGAAUUGUAAGCGCAAAAGUCAUAUAAAUAAAUUACAGUUAUUGUUCACUACAAAAACAUAAAA